AUGCGACCGCUCGGAUGGCAACUCCCCAAAGCUUUCCUCGGCACGAGCGACAUCGAGGUGACCGAGAUCUCGCUGCUGCACGGCCAGUCUCGCGUGAAGGCUCAAGUAAGUUGGGAGUGCUACAACGAGACCGCCGUGGAGAGCACCAACUCCAACUUACCAUCCAAAAGCUUCGAUGUCAAUGGAGUAUACAAGAUCUCCGACGGCAGCAAUAAGUUCACUCUUAUCGGCUGCAACUCAAUGGCAUAUCUACGAAGCCAGCAGACGGCCGACGGCCCCUAUCCCUAUGUCUACUAUACUGGUUGCUUAUCGUACUGCGAAGAUACAAGCAAAGUCAUCAAUGGGGUUUGCAAUGGCAUAGGAUGCUACCAAACCAGCAUCCCGUCAGGCCUCAACUACUACUCAUUUAACGCCACCGAUUUAACCAUGGACACAAACAAAUCCAUGCCGCUGUGGCUGGAUUGGGCUGUCAGAGAUGCUGCAACAUGCGAGGAGGCGAAGGGCUCUGAUAAUUAUGCAUGCCGAAGUCAAAACAGUGUGUGCAGCAAGGCCAGGAGUGGUGCAGGCUACCUUUGUAAUUGCUCAGAAGGAUACCAAGGCAACCCCUAUCUUGUCGAUGGAUGCCAAGAUAUCGAUGAGUGUAAGCUACCGGAGAAGUAUCCUUGCUAUGGAGUCUGCAGUAAUCUCCCAGGAAGCUACCAUUGCACGUGCCCACCUGGCAAGCGUGGUGACCCAUUUAAUGGACCAUGUGUCCUCAGCAGCCUAUUUGUUACGAAGAUUGUCAUAGGUAAUUCUUUGAUCUCUAUAUUAUUUCCACACGACUUUGAGAUGAUGAUAAAGAUUUGGUGUCUCUUCUGCCUUGUUCGCGACGCUGGCUCUCAUUUCUGCAAUGCUUAUAACACGUUCAAAGAGGAGGCACGCAAGGGAAAAGGAGAAGCUUUUGAAAGAGAUAUCGAACGGGAGGAUACUGUCAAUGCAAAUGGACACAUUGACUGUGUCUUACAAACAAAGGAUCAUUAG